AUGUCCGAGACUGCUCCCGCCGCCGCCCCCGAUGCGCCCGCGCCUGGUGCUAAGGCCGCCGCCAAGAAGCCGAAGAAGGCGGCGGGCGGCUCCAAAGCCCGCAAGCCCGCGGGCCCCAGCGUCACCGAGCUGAUCACCAAGGCCGUAUCCGCCUCUAAGGAGCGCAAGGGGCUCUCCCUCGCCGCUCUCAAGAAGGCGCUGGCCGCCGGCGGUUACGAUGUGGAAAAGAAUAACAGCCGUAUCAAGCUGGGACUCAAGAGUCUAGUCAACAAGGGCACCCUGGUGCAGACUAAGGGCACCGGCGCCUCCGGCUCUUUUCGCCUCAAUAAGAAGCCAGGAGAAGUGAAGGAAAAAGCUCCCAAGAAGCGUACGGCUGCGGCCAAGCCCAAGAAGCCAGCGGCUAAGAAGCCUGCCAGUGCUGCCAAGAAGCCCAAGAAAGCGGCAGCUGUGAAGAAGAGCCCUAAAAAGGCCAAGAAGCCGGCGGCUGCCGCAGCUAAGAAAGCGGUCAAGAGCCCAAAGAAAGCGGCUAAGGCAGGCCGCCCCAAGAAAGCAGCAAAGAGCCCUGCCAAGGCAAAAGCGGUGAAGCCUAAAGCAGCCAAGCCCAAGGCGGCUAAGCCCAAAGCAGCCAAGGCGAAGAAAGCAGCGGCCAAAAAGAAGUAA